GCCCUCUAUUCCGAGUCGCUCGUUUACUCCAUUCACUCAUUACGGACGACGCAACGAUAUACCCGGAACGGCCAUCCAUCUCUCGUAACGGCCUCGAGCAUCGCCUGACGCGCGCGGCAUCGGCUGCGAGCACGACGCCGUCAAGAUGGGCAACUUUAUCAGUUGGCUCAACAAGAACUUGGCUCCCGAUGAGAACCAGGGCUCGGCGCGGGAAACCCAGCCACAGUCGGCAUGGGGCAUGGUUGAUACUCUCAUACCCGUACUAGUAGUAUCGAGCAUCUACAUCAUCAUCUUCUUAUUCUUGAGGAGGUCCCAGCGGCGCUUCUAUGCACCACGUACAUAUCUAGGGUCUAUACGCGAAGAUGAGCGAACGCCAAGUGUGCCAAGCAACUGGCUGACCUGGUUCGCUGCCUUCUGGAAGAUCCCCGACGCCUACGUUCUCACCCACCAGAGUCUCGAUGCCUACCUCUUCCUUCGAUUCUUGCGCAUCUGCUUCAUCGUCUGCCUCGUCAGCUUGCUCAUCACCUGGCCCAUCCUGUUCCCCAUCAAUGCCACCGGAGGCAAGCACCUGUCCCAGCUCGAGAUCCUGUCCUACAGCGAUAUCGACAUCAACAUUCACAAGGACUAUCUCUACGCCCACACCUUUGUCGGCUGGGCUGUCUAUGGCUUCCUCAUGUACAUGAUUACACGCGAGUGCAUCUUCUACAUCAAUUUGCGCCAGGCACAUCACAUCAACCCUCACAACGCCAAACGUAUCUCUGCCCGCACCGUUCUGUUCACGUCGGUUCCGGAUGAGUACAACAAUGAGGAGCGUAUCCGAGGCAUGUUCAGCGGAGUCAAGAGGGUCUGGGUCUGCGGCAAGACGGACGAGCUCGACGACCUGGUGGAGAAGCGAGAUGAAGCCGCCAUGAAGCUGGAAAAGGGCGAGAUCAGUCUCCUGAAGCUCGUCAACAAGGCUCGUACCAAGGCUCAGAAGAAGGGAGAGGUUCAGCCCGAAGGCCCCGCCUCCGCCAACACCCAAGAUGGCGAUAUCGAGACGGGCAACAUUGCUUCGCGCUGGAUCCCGGAUAAGAAGCGCCCUCACCACCGCCUCGGUCCCCUGGGCCUCGUUGGCAAAAAGGUCGACACCAUCGAAUGGGGCCGCUCUGAGCUGCAGCGACUGAUUCCCGAGGUUGACAAGGCUCAGGCUGACUGGAGGUCUGGCAACUACGAGAAGGUCCGCGCCGUCUUUGUCGAGUUCGAAACCCAGGGCGAAGCCCAGUUCGCCUACCAGUCCGUAACCCACCACGAAGCCCUGCACAUGGAUCCCAAGGCCAUCGGCGUCCAGCCUGGUGAGGUCAUCUGGAAGAACUUGGCCCUCCCUUGGUGGCAAGUCAUUAUCCGCCAUUACAUAGUAUAUGGCUUCAUUGCGGCGCUCAUCAUCUUCUGGGCCAUUCCCGUUGGUAUUGUCGGCUUGAUUGCCCAGGUGAACACGCUCAAGAGUAUUCCUGGUCUGACCUGGAUCGGUGAUAUCCCCAAGCCCAUUCUCGGCGUUAUUUCAGGCCUUCUGCCAGCAGUUGCCUUGUCCGUCCUCAUGUCGCUGGUCCCCGUCAUCAUGCGCCUCUGCGCUCGACUGGCUGGCGAGGUGUCCCAGUCCCGCGUCGAGCUCUUUACCCAAAGUUCCUACUUCUUCUUCCAGCUCAUUCAAGUGUUCCUGAUCCAAACCUUGACCAACGCCGCCUCGACUGCCCUUGUCCAGAUCGCCCAGCAGCCGGGACAAGUCUUCAACAUCCUCUCUUCAGCCCUCCCGACUGCGUCAAACUUUUACAUCUCGUACUUCAUCGUCCAGGGCCUUACCAUUGCCACCAGCGUCGUCACUCAGGUCGUCGGAUUCUUCGUCUUUACCCUGCUGUACAAGCUGUUGGCCAAGACGCCCCGAGCCAUGUACAAGAAGUGGACCAGCCUCAGCGCUCUUUCUUGGGGCAGCCUUCUCCCUGUCUACACCAACAUUGCAGUCAUCAGCAUCACAUAUUCAGUCAUUGCUCCCCUGAUUCUGUUCUGGUCAACUAUUAGUAUGGGCUUGUUCUACCUCGCCUAUCGCUACAACGUCCUCUUCGUCACGGAGACUCGCAUCGAUACGCACGGCUUGAUCUAUCCUCGUGCCCUCAAGCAGCUGUUUGCCGGUAUCUACCUGGCUGAAAUCUGCAUGGUCGGUCUGUUUUCCGUUUCCAAGGCCGCUGGACCUGCCGUCCUCAUGGCCAUCUUCCUCGUCUUCACCAUUCUGUACCACAUCACCCUGUCCAGAACGCUUGAUCCCCUCCUCUUUGGCCUGCCACGGACACUCCAGGCGGAAGAGGAAGCUCUUGAGCAGCGCACCGCCGGCAAGACUGGCACCAGCGUGGAGGAGGGCUUGGCUUCGAACAAUGCAUCGCACGACGAUACCAAUGGCAAGGGAUCCGUCCCCAACUUUGCGCCCAGGGCAUCUGCCAAGCGGGGCAACUUCAUCCUCAGGUUCCUCAAGCCCUGGAUCUACGCGGAUUACCACACCCUGCGCCAACUGUUCCUCACUGAGGAGCACCUUGCCCAGCCGACGCAGUAUGCUGAAGAGAUUGAGGCCGAGGCGUAUCUGCCACCAUCCGUCGCGAGCAAGACGCCCAUUCUUUGGAUCCCCGCGGACCCGGCUGGUUUGUCCAAGCACGAGGUUGCUGCGACGAGCAAGGUGAUUCCCAUUACCGACGAGGGUGCGGAGCUUGACGAGAAGAACCAUAUCAAGUGGGAUGCUGAGGGCGCUCGACCGCCGAUCUGGGAAGAGAAGAUUCAUUAUUGAUAAGGCGGUCUAAUACUUUACCUGAUACCCCUACCGGCUUUUGCAUUCUGCCUGCGUUCUGCGUUGGCCCUGUUUUUUAUUCUGCAUGAAGAUUCGUUGUUGCGUCGAGUUCAAAGGAAAGAGAAGUAACAAAAAGACAGAAAGAAGAGGUUGUAAUGUCUUAAG